AUCAGACAUCAAUAUUGCUUGACUGAUCAUCUCUCUCUACCCUCCACUUAUAAUUAUUUAUCUCUCUUUAAAACUAAAACCCCCUUCAUAUCCAGGUAUCUUCUUCUCAACUGUGUCCUCCAUGAGCUCUCGAAACAAAAACAAAGCAGCUCUUUAUCACAAAUUCGAGAAGCUUCGCUCUGCUUCUAAUUCUUCUUCUGUAAAUCAAGCAUCGAUUGUGGUGGAUGCAUCCAGAUAUAUCCAAGAGUUAAAGGAGCGUGUGGAAACACUGAAUCAAGAUGUCGCGUCUCUACAAAAUUCCACAGUGAAAGUGGAAACCCUAGAAAAGGGAUUCCUAAUUAACGUGUUGUCUGAGAAAAACUGCCCCGGUUUGCUUGUUUCGAUUCUAGAAGCCUUUGAGGAGUUAGGUCUUGAAGUCCUCGAUGCUAGGGUUUCUUGUUCCCAUCAAUUUCGUCUCGAAGCCGUUAGUGAGAACGAAGGGCCGUCCGAUAGCAUAGAUGCUCAGGUGGUUAAACGGGCAGUGUUGCAAGCGAUUAGGAAUUCGAAUGAUGAACAUCAGGAUUAAUUAGAUAUAAAUUUAAUGUAAUUUUACUUUUUAUUAUUAAUUGUGUUUCAUUUGACUAUAUGAAGAAAAGAAAAAUUCCCAUGUUACUACUUA